AGUGAACUUGCCUUACUAACAAACAAUUGGUCGGACAACAGAUAUAAACAACGAAUUUCCGUCAUUUAAUUCCAGUUUAAAUUUUCCUAAAUUUAUAAAAAAUUCUGAUUAUCUGUUUUUGGCGCCAGAUAUUUUUUCUAGAAAUGUUCUGCUCAAAGAAAAUAAUUCUUAUGAAUUUUAUUGUAUUAUUUUCUUUCCUGUUGAUAACUGAAUACUUACCAAAGUUGAACGCGAACAGAAUUGUACCAGGUUAUUCUAAUGGCAGGUAUGAAAUUUUUCCGGGACCAUCUAAACGAAUGAGUGGAAUGAGGUUCGAAGAACUACUUCGUCUUCAAAAGUUGAAAGAUAGUGCAAAAUGGCUUGAAGAGCUUGGGAAACGUGGUUACACCAAUGGGGUAAACUCAUGGGCUGAUGAGGAAUAUCACUGAGCUGGGCGCGAGACAAAAAAACAAUUAGAAACAAGCAAAAAAACAAACAAAGAGACAAUAUGCCACUGACCAACUAGAAAUGUUAAUCAGACAAAAAAACAACAACAAAACAAACAACAUUAUAUUAUUUUGUUGUACUUUUAAAAUAUAUUUACCAAAAUAUAUAUUUUGAGAAGAAAG